CCCCUCCUCCCCCUGUUCCAGUACUCUCAGAGAGACGGAGCUCAGUCAGACCCGGAGAGCUCCGGAGCAGGCUAGCUGGUCGCGUGGAGCGGGGAGGUCAGUGUGCGAUGGCUGUAGAGCUGCGCCCCGGUGUGAAGUAUGGGACGGUGCUGUCUGUCGCCGCGGUUCUGCUGGCCCUGUGGCUGCGGCUUCCUCAGUCCGGGCUGGAUGAGAGGCUGGACACCGUGCUCUCCUCUCUGCUCCGCGCUGAGAGGAAAGUGGGCAUGAACAACAUCGCCAGACCCAGAGUGGCCAUAGGUUUUGGCGGCUGUGUGGACAUUAUUGUGGAUGGUGUGACAUUGCUGAACAAGAUUGGACUGCAGCCGACUGACCAGCCCAUCCAUCACGACUAUAUUGAAAACGCAGAGCAGCUAGCUCAGAGUUUUGCUUACUUCUUUGCUCCUGGAGCUGCUUCAGAGAGGUUUGUGAUGAACGACACUCUCUUCAGUCAGCUGGUGGAGGCCUCUCGAGAGUUGCCAGGUAACCGCUGGUCGAUUGGUGGUAACGCUCCGGUGAUGGCAGGCAGGAUGGCCAGUGAAGGCUGUGAUGUUCUGUUGGGUGGCAGUUUCAGCACAGACUUUAACGAUGUGCUUUCAGAACAUAUCACAGUUGCAGGAAACACUCUGGAUGAGCCAGAUAUACAUUUGAUUCUGGAAUAUCCUACCGGGGCUAGCUGGGGGCAGUACACCUCCCGAAGAGCAAACAGAUACAUUGUCCACAGUGAUGACCACAACCCUUACUUAGACUCUAUGGAGGAGUUUGAGAAGAAGCUGCUGAGCUUUAACCCUGACCUGCUGGUGGUGGGAGGACUUCAGAUGAUGGACAACUUCCCUUUCAAGCAAGGAGAGCGUGAGGCCCUGUUGACUCACCUGGCACGGAUCCUUUCCUCAGCCUCGCCUCAGACCAGUGUCCACUUUGAAAUGGCCAGCUUCGUGGACGAGGACCUGCUGUUGGAUCUCCUUGGCUUUGUGCUGCCCCACGCUGACUCUCUGGGCAUGAAUGAGCAGGAGCUGCCCAACCUCCUCAGCCUGUUCCGUGGCAGCAACGUGACCGUGCUGUCUGACCCCAACCCUCGCGUGGCCACUGUACUGGACCAGAUGCGUGAGCUCUACCGCAUCGUCAACCAGCGACAAAGAGAGACCAGCACCGGCCGCCCCCUGACCAGACUGCACGUCCACACGCUGGCUUUCCAGGCCAUGAUCGUCACCCAUGGUUCUCAGUGGAAGAACACCAUGUCUGCUGUGGCCAAAGCAUCGCUCACCGCCAACCGGCACGUAUGCGGCUCUGCAGACAUCGACACCAGCAAAGCCAGGCUGAUCAUGGACGAGUCUUUCUCCAUCAGCAGAAGAGAAGGUAGCCAGAGGAUUCCUUUGCAGGAGUCUCGGCCCGUCUCCUGCUGGGCUGAAGAUGAUUAUGAAAUCUGCGUGGCUCCUGUGCUGGUGUGCACUGAAGUCUAUCAGACUGCUGGAGGAGGAGACAACAUCUCUGCUGCUGGUCUGGUGCUGCAGAUCUGAUGAAGGGAAGAGCACUGUCAUAAAGCACAGUGCUGAAACUGAACUCAACUGGAGAAAAUAGUCUUACUGCUCAAACAUCCCACAUCAUAUGAAGUUUAUUUUUGUUUUUGUUUUAUUUGCAGUCUAUUGAAGUCGGACCAACAUUGGGUCCAGCAAUUUUAUGUCACAUAUUUAUGUGUUUUUUUUUAUGUUUUAUGAGGGUUCCUGUCAUUAUCAUAUCUGUCGCUUAAAAACCUUGUCAUCUCCAACAUCUUCACAAAAGAAUCAAAAACCUUCCUAUACAUUGACUUUACAUUGAACGGAAAUCAGUGUAAAACAAUUUUAUUAAGUCACAUUGGUCCAUAUCUUUUGGUCCAUCUCUUUUGGUCCAUCCAUCACUCCAGUUAAGUAAAAAAAAAAAAAAGAAAAACAAGAGAUACAAGGUUUCUGCACAACAGUGAUGAUAUGCAAUCUUCAUAUUUGUUUUUUAAUCUCUUUUUCUCAUUUAAUUUGUUCCCUUCAGGGGCCAGUCAUUCAUAAUAUCUGACCAAAAUGCUUGAAAGAAUAGAUGCAUGUUGGCUUAAAACCCAAAUCCUGUCUGACUAAGAGUUGGCAUGACUGAAAUUUUGAGCUGUCUAGCAAGACAUUCUCGUUUUCUUGAUCUCACCUUUUAAUUGUUCUUAUUUUUUUUUUACUUACUUACUUCCUUCAUCCAUGGUAGGAAACAGCAUGUUUUUUUAUUUUAUUAAUUUCUGACUGCAUGAAAGGGAAUGCAUUUUAGGAUUGUAACAGUACAUUAAUCUUUCGUGACAUUCUUCAUUCUGGUUAGGCUGUACACCUUGUUUUUUAUUGGGUUUAUUGGCUUCAUUUUAAAAUGAAAUAUCACAACAAAUACAUGGGGUGUCAAUAUUUACUUUGUGAUUAAAAGAGAAUUUUACCAAUAUUUCAUAAUUGUACAAAGUCAUGCAGAAUGACUUGGUCUGAAAUGGUUCAUUGUAGAAAAAAAAAGGUUAUAUUUACUAGAGUCUUUUCAAUACGGUGCAACAUUUCACUUCAAAGCACUCUGAUUGAUUUAGUUUAAUAUUUAUCGAAAGUGGAAAUAUUAAAGAAAUGUAAAAGUCAGAAAUAGGACACAGAAGAGAAACUCCAACAGCCUCUGCUGAUAGCAAACAGAAUCUGACAUAUCUGGGUUUUGGGUUCUCAUCUCUUAUAGUCUCACUCACUCUGCUCAGUUCCUGCCUGCAGCACUAAUCCAUUAUCAACCUACGUACCUCCUGUGCCUGUGGACCAAUGUGCCACAUACUUGAUGUCUACCAUAUCUGUAAAGCUACAUUAUGUAAUGUACUUACAGUAGGCCUGUGAGUGAGAGAUCUAGUGAAUGGAGUGUGAUUGUUACUCUUCUUGAUUAGGACACAGCUGAGUGGUGGUAGUUACUGGAGACAGUUGGAGUUGUGCCAUCGUGUGAGAGCUAUCGGGAGUGGGCUCAGACACUCAGCAGCUGACAAAAAAAAGAUGCGUCUCAGGGAUUAGCUGAGCUUGGAUAUUCGGGAUCUAUGUCAUUUGACUUGGUUAGGAGCGACUGGGCUGCUACAGAGCCGGACAGCAGCUGUCAUGGUGACACUGUUUGUUCUGGCCUAUUGAGACGGAGAGGUGAGCCUGAUAGUGACUGCCUAUGGGUUCAGGGAAAGGCAUGCUUGUAUUGCAUGGAGUAAAAAUACAGUGGCAAUUUUAGUUUAGUGUUUAUUUUUUUGUAUUAAUCCAUAUGAAUUAUCCAAUACAUAUUUAGAUUGAGUCUGAAAGUGUGCACAUCAAAUAAUUUAAGUAUGAAUUGUAGCAAUGAGCCAUAAUUGGGUAAAACUAUACAUAUCUAUUGUUUGAUGAAGUGUGUUGUGCUGCAGAUGACAGUUGUAAUUAACUGCCUUUUUUAAAAUCUUGUUUUUACUUUCUAUCUGUGAAAUAAGUUUGGUGAGUGACUAAGUCUUGGUUCUAAGUGAAAAUGUGUUUCUGAAUUUCUUCUUUAGAGAUUCGUAUAUAAUAAAAACUUUACAUUCCAUUUAUAAAAUA